AUGGUUAUAUAUUUUUAUUUAUUUCAGUUUAAACGGAAUCUAGCUAAUGAACAAGGACGGAACGAAUUAAGAGACUCAUCUCCUCAAGACACACCGACACCCGCAACCACACUCGGUGAUAGCCUAUCCGCAUCAGCUCCUACAGCCGCCUUGGUUGAAAGCCCCAGUAUCAAAGGCGAAGACGGGCUUGAAGAUGUGUCAAAUGAGCUGGGCGAAUUUGGUGUCAAGUCUGUGAAAGAACGUGUUGAGUCGAAAGCGAAAGAAGAUUUUCCCUGUCCACCAGUUGAAACACUAUCACCACGGAAUUGCAUACGAAACCGACCUACGAGAGAAUCACCUCCUAAGGUAUCACCGAAACCUUCUUCAAAACCUCUUGGGAUUAAGAAUAGAGUUUUGAGAGACAGGUUCGAACAAUUUGCUUCCGAUUCACCCGAGCACAGUCCUAGAUCUAAAAGUUCAUCACCGGAAAAACCUAUAAAUCGAUUAUCUCCAACAAAUAAAAGCUUAAGAGACAGAUUCGAACAAUUAGCUUCUGGGCAGAGUGCUGUUGAUUCACCCGAGCGCAGUCCUAGAUCUAAAAGUUCAUCACCAGAAAAACCUAUAAAUCGAUUGUCUCCAACAAAUAAAAGUUUAAGAGACAGAUUCGAACAAUUAGCUUCAGAGCAGUGUGCUGUCGAUUUACCGGAGAACAGCUCGAGACCUAACAGGUCAUCACCAGAAAAACUUAUAAAUCCAUUGUCUCCUACAAAUAAAAGUUUAAGAGACAGAUUCGAACAAUUAGCUUCAGAAAAGAGUUCUGUUGAUUCACCGGAGAUCAGCCCUAGAUCUAAAAGUUCAUCACCAGAAAAAACUAUAAAUCGAUUGUCUCCAAAUAAAAGUUUAAGAGACAGAUUCGAGCAAUUAGCCCCAGAGCAGAGUGCUGUCGAUUUACCAGAGAACAGCCCUAGAUCUAACAGGUCAUUACCAGAAAAACCUAUAAAUCGAUUGUUUCCAAAUAAAAGUUUAAAAGACAGAUUAGAAAAAUUAGCUUUAGAGCAGAGUGCCGUCAAUUUACCCGAGAACAAUCCGAUUUCUAAAAGGUCAUCACCAGAAAAACCUAUCAAGCGAUUGUCUCCCGAUAAAACGUCCACUAGUAAUCUACAGGAUUCUCAAAAAGAAAAGGUCUUAUCCGUCUUGAAACACAACAUUCAUGAUGACACAGACGUCAUAUGCCCACUAGGAAAAGUAGCAGAGCAGCCGUUGUCAGAGAAUAUAUCUAAAGAAUUACAAACGAAGGUACCACCUUUAGAACAUAUUACCAGAACAACCAAACAGCCAAUCAUUGUAGUCCUGCCACCCGCAUCAGAAACCACAUCAACGUUGGUGGAACCCAACAUAAUAUCAACUCCAUUAGUUAAGGAAAGAGCAUCCCCGGAGGAUACUAAGCCACAGGUCCAAACUCCCGUGAAAUAUAGGAUUACACCACCCGAAAAGAAAGUAGUACCAUUGACACGGACACGGUUACGGUUAUCGCCGAGAUCAACUGUCGAUAAUCAUACUGAGACAAUAGCUAACAGGGAUACGUCAGAGAGUUUAGUAACACCGACUGAACUGAAAGGCAUCGAAUCGCCAUCCCCUUCAGCAAUAACUCCUAAAUCACGUUUCACCCGUAUAAACUGGAGCCCACCUAGAGAGGUACCAAACGGAGAUAAACCAGUGAAUAUAUGCGAACCAACCGCGUUCGUUAAACCAAGCAUUUGGAGAUCAGUAGCAGCUCCUAAAAGCCCAAAGAUGAAGAUAGAUGAAAUUGAAUUCCAGACUACUGCUGCAGCAGAAACUGAAACUGCUAACAAGGCCGAUCCCAAAAUCCCCGAGCUAACCGUAACCCAUGCUUGCUCAGAUAAUUCUGAUCCCUCAAUUGACAACGAACAAAAUGGAUAUAUUCGACAUCGAUCGACUACAAAUGGCAAGCAACACGAAUCAUCAGUACUUAAUGGAAAUGGUACAUCGCAUGUUAAGGACACUGGGAAGGUUGACAUGCUCACGGCUAAGCUUCCAACAUUAUCCGAAAUAAAGGCAGCUUUACCACGACACUGCUUCAGACCAACUGUGGCAGAGUCUAUGUAUUAUGUUGUCAAGGACAUGAUUUUAGUAGCAGCUAUGUUCUGUCUAGCUCAAUGGUUGCUAGGUUUUAAAUCGUACGUUUUGCUGGCACUUCUAACGCCGAUAUAUUGGUUUGCCCAGGGAACACUCUUCUUUUCAAUUUUCGUAUUGGGACAUGAUUGCAAUCACGGAUCAUUUUCAAGCUAUGCACUCCUGAAUGACUGCCUUGGGACCGUGCUCCAUACCUUGGUGAUGACUCCAUACUAUCCGUGGAAACUUUCACAUCGACAUCACCACAAUAACACGGGAAACAUGGAUAAAGAUGAGAUAUUUUACCCCGUUAGAGAAAAGGACAACAACAAAAAUUCAUUCCUUCCACUCUUUGGUCUCGGAUUUGGAUGGAUGGCCUACCUCUGGAAAGGAUUUGGACCACGGCCCAUGAACCACUGGAUUCCCUCUCACCCAAUAUUUGCCCGACAUCUUUUAGGGUGCGCUCUAUCGAUAGCCUCUAUUGCACUCUGGUUAGUUUGUCUUUAUUUCUACGCCUCUAAAAUGGGUUUAGGUAAUUUGUUGUAUCAUUACGCGGUUCCGGUGUUUAUAUGUGGCUGUUACAUAGUUGUUGUAACCUUCCUCCACCAUAGUGAUCUAGAACUUCCCUGGUAUGGCGAAAACAGUUGGGAUAAUGUCAGAGGCAAGUUGAGCUCAGUUGAUCGGGACUACGGUAUGAUUCAUGACGUCAUCCACACGAUUGGAACUCACCAGGUCCACCAUCUAUUUCCCGUUAUUCCCCACUAUCACCUACGGGAAGCGACCAAGCACUUCCGGAAAGCCUUUCCUCAACUUGUACAUAUCAGGAACACGCCGAUUCUUCCGGCGUUUUGGGAAAUGUUUUUUAAAUACACCAGUCAGAGUAUCGUUGCCAAUGACGCUAAAAUUCAUUACUACAAAUGAUUCCAUGAAGCGAAGGGUGAGUGUGAUACGUGAGAUGUGAUGAAAGUGAUGUCGUGACUUUUGUAUAAUGUUGAUAGGGGUGUGGUGCAGUGGGGACCAAAAAUCCUAAUCUUUAAAAGUUUUUUUUUUCUUUUUUUUUAAAAUUAAUAUUAGUAUUAUGGUAUGUACAUGAAUCGGAUUAUAUGGGCAUAUAACUCAAUGUGUAUGCAAAUUAUGUGUAAUAGUGCGAGAAAACAGGCGCAUGGAUUUGGUACUGUUUUAUUUUAGAGGAACUAUGCGUGAAGUGAGUGUCGUUUGUUAAUUUAUGAGUAUGAAGUGGUCACCGUGUAGAUUAUAAAUGAGAUUACGACCUUUCUCUGGAAUAUUACUAAGUUGUAUACCUGUUGAUAGAAGAUUAUGAAACUAUUAUUUAUUUAUUUAUUUAUUAGACAUGACGUCGGUACAUCGUGAAUUAUUUAGAUUUGCGAAAAAUGGAUCAUGUCAUAAGACUAUAGAAAAGCGUUGAAUAAUUGCAUUAUUUAUAACAAUAUAACAACACUGUUAAAGUCUUUUGAACAUUCUCGGGUGAAAAUAACAAAACAGAAAUGAACUACAUGUAUACCAAAGGUCAUAAUUAGAGCAUAAUGUACAGCUUAUAUUUUCCAUUUUCCAAAGAUUAACUCGUAAAAUGACACUUAAUGUUUAACUUGAAAUGGAAAGGGUAAUACUGACCCUUCUUUACAGCUUGUAGUGAUCCGUCUAUUAAAAGGAACAAUUGUUUCCUGAUCCGGCCGUAACAUGAAUCGCCGAUUCGUAACAUGUCGUAACAUGUAUCACGUCGGCGAUUCCUGAUCCAGCCUUAUCAACUAUCACAUCGGCGAUUUCUGUAGUGGCUCAAACAUCUAUCUUUGUAAAGUUUCUCUGCUACUUUUCCCGUCAUCCUGUUGGAUUUAUCGCAGUUGUGUUGAUCCCGUAUCACACAUUGUUGCUACCUGAUAAAUCAAACAUUUUUUAUUGCUAUCUGCAAUCACAUAUUGCUACCUGCUAUCACAUAUUAUUGCUACUUGCUAUCACACAUUUUUGCUACCUUCUAUCACAAUCUAGAUCACAGAUUACCGUGUAGGUAAUUAAUUUUAUCAGUUGUUUAUAUCCUGCUUAUCCUCAUUCGUGUCACCCCCACCCCACCCCCACCUUCCCACCCCGACCCCUUCUACCACAAAAUAUGGACGAUGUAUUUCUGACUUAUGGAAGCUAUAAAUCAUUGUAAUCGUAAUAGUUUAGGUUGAUUUCAAUGCUCUCAUGAUAGUAAAUGAUUUAUAGGAGUCAAGAUUAGAUUCCAAUACUUUUGACAGGCAUCCAAGACCGAAUGCUAAAAGUUCAGUUCGAAUAACCGUGAUUAAUUAUUCGGAUUUCAAUAUUUAUGUUGGCGCUGUGAACGAUUAACGUAGCUGUCAGGUCUGUAGCAUUCUCGUGGAUAACCAAAGAUUUUUUCACGUUGAUAUAGCAUCGUCAUUUCGGUAGAAUUAAACCAACCCUCGGAACCUCCUCUUGUGUGUGACGUCUUUUCCCUUCCGCACGUCACGUGAUUGACUUUUGACACCACGUUUUGUGGUCCAUUGUUUUGGAUCUACUCAUCCAUCGUUGUUAAGGCAAAUUUAAACGUGCAUAUUUUAAAUAUUAUUUAAAUAUUAUUAAUAUUUUAAUCAUACAUUUUUGGGGACAAGAACUGGACAUAAAGUGCUAAUCCUCUGGGUAUUGUUGUUAUUCUGGAGAGGGUUGGGGCCAAUUCAAGUACGAUCGCAGUACAUUGGGAAUACUUGUUCCCGGUUAGAUCUUCUUCAUAAGGGCAACUUUAAGUUUGAUCACAGGUCACGAGAUGUAAACAGGGCCUAGACCUAACGCUUACCCUAACCCUAACCUACAACCUUUCCAACAAUAACCUGAUUUACAUCUUAGCUACCUUGACGAGAAUUGAGUUGGCCUUAACAAACAGAUCUAGCCCUUGUUCCCCGCGCAUCGAUUACAGGACAUCCAUCUUUGAUAUGACGUCAUGUUCGGUUCCUGGUCCAUAGUACGCUCGUACUUUUUUUCUUUUUUUAUAUGAUUAUUAUAAUAUCUAUGGUUUAUAAAUUCGGUAUUUUCUAUGCACAUAAUUUCGGUACAAAUAACGCUUCAUAUAUUUGUGUUUUUUUGUAUGUUUAAUAAAUUACAAUAUAGGGCAUGAUGCUCAUGGGCCUUUACAUAUCAAGUACGAACACUUUCUAUAGAACUUUGUCGACCAGAUAUGUAAUAGGUAUCAUCGAACACCAGUUUGAAUAUGAGAUUUAAGAAGAAUGUCAAGCGAACGUGUAAUAGUUGAUAGUUUCCUGACCAUAUAAUACUUCUGAUAAAAAUACAGCGAUGGUCCACUGGAAAAACUGGAAAGGGUUAAUUAAUUUUUUAAGUAUGGAAUAGGAAAUUUAAGCGACCUCGGUAUAGGAGUAGCCUAUAGACGAUUAAGGAUUUUAUUCCAUUAACCUAUUGCGGGUAUUUGAAGGAGUCGGGUAUAUGUGUACAUGUACGUGUAUUAAAGAUGAAAGAUUUAUUCUAAUAGCUUAUUGUCUUCCUGACAUUAUGCUUUAAUUCUUGAUGUGUUUUAUUUUUAUUCCAGCACAAUGUAAUAUUUAUUAUUAUAUUUCACAAUGAAUUUUAACUUAAAAUUAAUUUAUUGAAAAUUAUUAUAUAUGUUGUAAUGACGAGGAACAUUUAUAAUAAAUGAUGAUUUUCUUGUUUUUAU